AUGGGCGACGCGCCAAUCUCAUCCGAGCAUGUUCUGGUUGUUUUCUACCAAGCAAUGCCAGAAGAGCUGGAAGAUGUGAUCCGACAGAAAUUCUCCGAUGCCGAGGUCACUAUUCACCAGUCUCAGGGAGGUGUUCCUGUGCCACCUGAAUUAUAUCAAACUGCCACCGUCCUUGUAACUUUCACGGAUCUUCCAGAUCUCAAGGACUCGAAGAACCUUAAACUAAUUCACACCUUCUCUGCUGGUGUGGAUCAUCUUUUGAAACACCCAAUUUUGCAAGAAAGCAAUAUCCCGAUCACUACAAGCUCGGGUAUCCACGGUCCCCCAAUUGCAGAAUGGACCGUGAUGAACUGGCUAGUCACAUCCCGUAAACAUUCCUUGAGCUACGAGGCCCAGAAAUUACAUGUCUGGGAAGAUAAAGCCCCAUACACGAAAGGCAUACAUGAUCAAGUGGGCAAGAAGGUUGGUAUUCUAGGAUAUGGAAGUAUCGGGCGCCAAAUCGCCCGCGUCUCGAAAGCAUUAGGUAUGACCGUCUACGCAUACACGGCCACCCCGCGCCAAACACCCGAAUCCCGCCGUGACACAGGCUACAUCGUGCCCGGUACCGGAGACCCAGACGGGUCUAUCCCAACAUCUUGGCAUCACGGAACAGACCGGGAAUCCAUCCAUUCUUUCUUGGCUCUCGGGCUGGAUCAUCUCGUGAUCUCACUGCCAUUGACUCCGCAAACAACCCGUCUCCUCGGCGCAGAGGAAUUCGCCAUCCUAUCUGACAACUCCCAUCACCAUGCGAGCAAGCCUUACGUGACGAACAUCUCGCGAGGCAAGGUUAUCGAUCAGAAGGCUUUGGUGGAUGCAUUGAAUUCGGGUAUCUUGGGCGGUGCCGCCCUUGAUGUUACUGACCCUGAACCUCUUCCAAAGGAUGAUCCUCUGUGGGAUGCGGCCAAUGUUCAGAUCAGUCCACAUGUCAGUGGUCUUGGGAUGGAAUAUCUCUCGCGCUCUCUUGAUAUCCUCCAGGUAAACUUGGGGCGUAUCGCUAGGGGCGAGCCGUUGAUCAACUCUUAUGUACGGGGGAAAGGGUAUUAG